CGUGGCCUGGACAAGAUCCCACUGCGCAUCCUCCUCGGCUCCCCCACCCCUAGUCUGCAGUCCCAGCCCCAGAUUCUGCACCAGAGAACCUACCGCCCUCCUCUGCGGAUUUCCAGGUCUUCACUUGCCCACUGCCCCACCUCCUCUUCUUCCUCUUCAUUCUUCUCUCUUCCUCCCAGGUUUCCUCCACCCGCUCCUCCUGCAUUUCCUUUUCUGUUUUCACCUCUUCCUCCCCGUCUUUGUUCUUUUUCACCUCCCUGUUUUCCCUUUCUUCUCCGUUCUUUCCUGUCUUUUUCUCUUGCCGCUCAGAAUUCUCACAUCCUUCUCUUUUCCUUUAUCUCUUACCUUUCCCCCCAUUUGUCUCCCCUUCUUUCUUUCCUGUUCAUCUCUGUCCUCCACCUCUUCUCCCUUUCGGGGCUGUGCCCAGGCCUGACCAUGGGGAAAAACAAAUUAGUCUUCGCCCAGGGUUCCUGCUACUUCCUUGCCUUCCUGUUUAGCUUCAUCGUGGUGGUGCCACUGACUGAGAACUGCCAUGACUUCCACGGCCGCUGCUUGCUCUUCACUGAGGGCAUGUGGCUGAGCACCAAUCUGACCGUGCAGGAACAUCAGCGCUUCACGGUGCAGGAGUGGGGCUCACCCGCUGCCUGCCACUACUCUCUGCUCGCUGCCCUGCUCUCCCUGUCUGUGGCCAUCGGGUUAGCCUGGCGGUCGCUCUAUCUCCUGUGCAAGGGAUUCGACGAGACCUGCCUUGAAUCAUUUGCAGCUUUGAUGCUUAAUAUCUUCAUCCUCUUUGUAGUCUUCAUUGCCUGUACUAUCAUCAGUGUGGGAUUUGACAUGUGGUGUGAUGCCAUCACAGAGAAAGGCCGCAUGCCCAACAGCUGCGAAGAGCUUCAGAAUAUGGACUUGGAUUUGAACCCUGAAAACUCAGCCUUUUAUGACCAGUUUUCUCUCGCCCAGUUUGGUCUCUGGGCCACCUGGCUGGCCUGGCUGGGCAUCACCAUCUUGGCCUUCCUGAAGGUUUACCACAAUUACCGGCAGGAGGACCUGUUGGACAACCUCAUCCACGAGAAGGAGCUGCUGCUGGGCCGAGCCUCGUCGAGGACCUUUUUUCAAGAUGACAAGAGCGGCAUGAUCUAAUUCCAGGGCCACCCUCCUUCCCUCCCUCUCCCUGCACUACCCUCCCUUGUUCCCAUUUGUGCCCCAGGGGACCUGGCCUGGCCUUUCCCUGCUAGUGCUUGCUGAAGCAAAGUCGUUGCUAGUGUGAACUGAAAUUAGGUCUGGUUUCAAGCCGCCUAGUUCUGUAUCCAUCGAAGGUCUGUGAGGCUGUCCUGGGUAGUCUUGAGAGACUCUUCUGUGUCCUCCUCAUUCCCACUCUCAGUCGCUUCCCUUCCCUCCAGCCACUCUGUCAUCUUCUCUGGCCCUGGCAGUGCCAGUUUGGCCCAUCUUGGUGCCAAUGUUUUAGCUACAGGGCAAACUCAGAAAUUAAAGUGGCACUGGUGGCUGAAUUUUGCUCACUUAACUGAGCUAAUGUUGAACUUUGAGUGGCCUCUCAAGAAAGGGUUUGUGAAGUAAAUUGAUGAGCAAGAUUGUCAGAGGCAUGUUUAAACUACUUUCAGAAACAGAUAAUUUUAAAAGUACUUAAGCAAAUCAGUUUCAUUUCACUUAUUUCCUUUCACAUUGGCAGGACCAAUGCAGUGGAUGUUGCUAAGGCGAUUUUUGCUUGAAAACUUUUUGAUAGUAAAUUUGUAAUCACUUUUUGUGCUUGAGAAUAAUAUAAUCACCUCUUAAAAUUACUUAAUUUGAACUUCAAUCCCAUAGACAUUUAAUAAGCACUUAUUUAGAAAGGCAGCAUGGCAUAGUACUGAAUCAGAAGUCCGAAGUUUAAAUCAUGCCUCUGACAAUAAUUAGUCGUGUGACCCAGGGCAAGCCAUUUAGUGUCUCUGAAUCCUAAGCAACAGGUUACAAGUUCUCUACCAAGUUAUGGAUGUGCUCUGUGAUGGUGGUGGUGGUGGUGGUGGGAGGGAUGAGUUCCCACCCUCCAAAAAAUCACAGAUCCUUGAGGAAUGUGUAAGACAUAGGGCACAGACCCUGUUUUCAAGUAGUUUCUAACUUUUUUUGCUAGUUAAUUCAUUCAAAAAAUAUUUCUUGAGCACCUAUUAAGGAAUAGGUCUGAAUUAGUAAGCUUAUAUUCUGAUUAUUAGCUGUCUAGUCCAAUUACCUAAUUUAAAGCUUACCUUAUUUGGUGUUUAAAAUUGCUUUGUAAUUUGCCAAGUGGACCCAAGUCAUUUUUGCUGCAACUAUCCACCCAGCACCUCAAGGGCAAUUUUCAUUACUAAAUAUAAGUUGUUCAGUACCAAGAGGCAGCAUGGUAUGGUACAUAAAACAUUAGCCUUGAACUCACAAUGACCUGGGUUCAGAUCUUGCUUUAAACACUUGAGGGUGACACUGGAAAAGUCACUUAACCCAUCUGGGUCUCACUUGCCUCAUUUGUGAGGUGUGGGGUCUGGACUUGAUGACCUCUAAGGCCCCCUUUGGCUCUAAACCCAUGAUCCUUUGAACAAUGGGGAAUAUCUCUUGUUUCAAGUGAUAAAUAACUCCUAUCUCCUUACCCUCUGUGAGCAUCACUUGACCAACCCAGCAAACAGCUCCAUUUAGGAAGUGAGUUCUCUUUGGGGUUGACAUCUUCUCCAGUCCGUGGACCUAGGUCUUGCCUUAGACUCAGAUAAAAGGAACCAUUGAGGCUAUUUGAAAUAACAGACUAUCAACUUGGAGUCAGGAAACCUGGGUUCCAAUCUGUUCCUUAUUUGCCUGUGACCUUGGGUAAAUCAUCCCUUCCUCUAAGCCUCAGUUUCUUCCUCCAUAAAAUUAACAGACCCUAGCCCCUCCCCAACCUUAUCAUCACCAAUGUUCCCUUUUCCUUUAGUUGCUCCCUUUAAUUGCCCAGGAUUGCUGCUCCAAUUCUCCAAGUAGAAACAUCUGGAUAAUGGUCAUCAUGAAGGCCCAGCAUCCCUGUGUUUGGCAUCAUGCAGGCAAAACAUCUGGAUGUAUGGCAGGCAUUUGAUUUAAUGUUCAUAUGCUUUGGUAUUUCCUAGCCAGCAAAAGACUCCCAGUGGAUACCACAGUAACCCUUUCUUUGGGCUAUUGAAUUUGCUUUCCUUUGACAGCAUUAGAAAUUCAGGAAGUUUCCCAACUGGGUGAGUGAUUAUAUCUUCCAGUAUCAGACAAGUCCCUUAUUCUCUCUGUUUUCUCAUAUAUAAAAUGAGAAGUCGCACUCACUGAUCUCUCAGAUCCCUUCUCAUUCUAAAUCCUAGAAGUCUUUGGCUUUGUGACUGCCAUAGGGUCUGGGGUCUUAGAGUAGCCCCAAACCCUAGAGCAGCAGGCCCUGUAGCCCCCUGUCUUAGAGUAGGCUUCAUCUAAAUCUAAUAACAGAAGAUAAUAGUUGUGCAGAAGUAUCUCUGAUCCAAAUGAGAGCCACUGGAACAGGGAGGGGCCCAUAGACCUGCUUUGAUGGCUUCAAUCUUUUUCAUUUCCAAGAAUUUCCAGGCUCCUAAAAAACUCAGAAAUGUUACCCAGGCUUUUAUUCUAUGUUUCUUGGGGGGAUGUCGAAAUGACUACAGCAACAGCAACAGCAAGAAUAAAUCCCCCUUCUAUGGCAUUGUAAAGUUUGCAAAGUUCAUUCUCCACAAGGAUCCUAUGACAGUGAUGUCUAGGGUCCUUCCAGCCCCAAAGCCUACAGUCCCUUCUCUCUACCUUAAAGACGUGGAAACAGAUUCAGAGAGGGGUAAUGCCUCAUCCCAGAUCACACAGCCAAUUAAAAAAACAAGAUAUUAUUAAGCACCUGGUCAGGCCCCAUCUGACAUACUGUGUUCAAUUCUGGGUAAUACAGUGUAGGAAGGAGAUUGAUAAUGUGGCAUGCUUUGUUGAUAGAACAUAGACUUGUAUUCAGGAUAGACCUCAGUUCAAAUCUGGCCCCAGAUGCUUACUAGGUGUGUGACUUUGGGCAAAUCCCUUAACCUCUGUCUG